GAUACUUUGCAAAACACAGGGUAAACCCACCACGACAGUGAGCUUUAACGUUAUUAUACCCAGCUACAUCAGCGUUGAUCUAAUUCCCAGGCCGGCUCAAGUCUAUUAUUGUGUUGCAACGCGCUCAAACGUCUUAACAAUAUAAAUUGGUUGCCACGUCCAUCUAUUUGAUUACCGAUUAGUUUAAACAACAACAUCAUCAACAUUGGAAAAACUGGUUGAAUUCAUCUCCAUAACUCUUAACUGUUUUAUUUAUUGAAAGAAAAAAGAAGCAAAAUGUCGUAUAAUAGCGAUAGCCAAGCAGCUGAAAACAUACAUAAAAUAAAUAAUGCUUUGAAAGCAUUGCAUGAAAAGGAAAGUAUACAUGGGAAAGAUUUUUCUGUUUAUACAACAGAAGAAGGGGAAACUUUAUCGACCAAGGAAAGAAUCUGUACUAGUGUUGAUGCACCAGCAACAUUUAAACCAACUGAUGAACAAUUGUUUUUACCAAAUGGUUUACCGAAUUGUGAAUUUUUGAAAAAUCAUUUUAUACAUGAAGGAAGAUUACAUGAAGAACAAGCGAUUAGAAUAUUGAGAGAUGCCACUGACUUAUUAGCAAGUGAACCAAACUUAUUAGAUGUUCCUGCUCCAGUUACUGUUUGCGGAGAUGUCCAUGGUCAAUAUUAUGAUUUAAUGAAACUUUUUGAAGUUGGUGGAAGUCCUGCAAAUACUUCUUAUUUAUUUUUAGGAGAUUAUGUCGAUAGAGGUUCUUUUUCAAUUGAAUGUCUACUUUAUUUAUAUUCUUUAAAAUUGAAUUAUCCUGAUACUCUUUGGAUGUUAAGAGGUAAUCACGAAUGUGCUCAUUUAACUGAUUAUUUCACUUUUAAAUCUGAAUGCUUACAUAAAUAUUCCUCCACUUUAUAUGAAGAAUCUUUAAGAUCAUUCAAUGCCUUACCCUUGGCUGCAAUUAUGAAUAAACAAUUUUUCUGUGUUCAUGGUGGUCUUUCUCCGGAUUUAAGAACUUUAGAUGAUUUAAUCAGAAUGGAUAGAUUUAGAGAACCUCCAACUAAAGGUUUAAUGUGUGAUUUAUUAUGGGCUGAUCCAAUUGAAGAAUAUGAUGAGGAUAAUAUGGAUCAAACAUUCGUUAAGAAUUCUGUAAGGGGUUGUUCUUAUGCUUUUACAUAUAAAGCUUCUUGUCAAUUUUUAGAAAGAACUGGAUUACUUUCAAUCAUAAGAGCUCAUGAAGCUCAAGAUGCUGGUUAUAGAAUGUAUAAACGAACUAAAACUAUGGGGUUCCCAUCUUUAUUAACUAUGUUCAGUGCUCCAAAUUAUUUGGACAAUUAUAAUAAUAAAGCAGCAGUUUUAAAAUAUGAAAAUAACGUCAUGAAUAUCAGACAAUUCAAUGCAUCUCCACAUCCUUAUUGGUUACCCCAUUUUAUGGAUGUUUUCACUUGGUCAUUACCUUUUGUUGGUGAAAAGAUUACGGAUAUGUUGGUUUCAAUUCUUAACAUUUGUACUGAAGAAGAAUUGGAUGAAGAUACUCCAUUUAAUAAUGAAGAUAUUAAUAUUUCAAGUAUUAGUAAUUCUCCAACCUCAAAUCCACCAUCUGUUCCAAUUGAUCAAACUCUUGAAGAUAAAAGAAUUGCCUUGCGUAAUAAAAUUAUUGCAAUUGGUAGAGUCUCUAGAAUGUAUCAAGUUUUAAGACUGGAAUCUGAAGAGGUUGCUCAUUUGAAACAAAUGAACAGUGGUAUCUUACCAAAAGGUUCAUUACUUAAUGGUAGUGAAGGUUUAAGAAAAACUAUCUCUUCUUUCGAAGAAGCUAGAAAAGCUGAUUUGGAAAAUGAAGCUAUUCCUCCUCCUCCUGAAGAAUUAAGAAGAAGAGAAGCUCAAAGAAAUUCUAAAAUUAGAAAAGAUAUUGAAAAUAGUGAAAAUAAUAGUCCUGUUUUCCAAAGAUUAAUAAGAAGAUUGUCUCAAAGUUGA